AUGGGCAAAAGCGAUGACGAGGUCGGCUCGAGCAGGCCUAUAGUUUCCUGUGGAUCGGGUGCAUCGUCUGCUGCGUCGUGGCAAUUAUGCCGA